UAUUAAAAGCGUAGAAUAAGAUUUUUUAGUAAAAAUGACAUGUUCUAAAAAAAACCUAGCGAUGACCAUGGCGGUGCAAGGGGCAACCACUGGCUGAUGAUCAACGCGGAAUCAGGAAGGAGAUACGACGAUAAUCGUUUGGCGGCCAGGUCUCGGUAAGUUCGUUUUAGGCGUUUUGUCCAAGGUAUUUUGUUUUCCGGGCGUUUGUUCCGUGAGUUCGUCCGGCUCAAUUUGGCCGAGAAAGCUUGUUGUGUCUUUUUGUUCGUUUCUUUUAGUCUGCGGAAUUCCAGUAGCUGCGAGUGCAGGGCUGCUGGUUUUGAGGGUGGCUCUUUCCGAUUGGUUUCUUAUUUGUUUUGUAUUCGGUGUUAUGUGAUUUGUGUUGCAAUGGACAUGAUUUCGAAGAAGGUCAAUAUGUUAUCAAUUGACGAGGAAGAAAACAAGGGGGUUGGUGAUUGCGGCUCACCCGAUGGUGAUUGCGGCUCACCCGAUUGAGAACGGGGUGGGAAUACAGAUGGAUUCAAUCUUGCGGCGGUGGCUAGAGUGGUGUCUGAUAAACCCGUCUAUGCUGUUUCUUUCUGCCAAACAAUGGCUAUGGUAUGGAGACCAGUGAAAGGGGUCUCGAUUGAUGAAAUUGAGGACUCAAAAUUCCUAUUGCAGUUUUAUCAUGAGGGAGAUCUGAACAGUGUUGUGGAUAAGGGGCCUUGGUCCUUUCAACAGAACCUGGUGGUUAUUAGACGGCUAGAGCGCACCGACAAACCCCUGGAGGUUGCACUUGACCAUGCAGACUUUUGGGUUCAGGUACAUGAUUUACCACUCAGUUACAUGACAACAAAGGCAGCUCGUGGCGUAGCCAACAUCAUAGGCUCAUUUGUGCAAAUGGAUGAAAGCUCUUCUGGAGGAAAACAACGACUGGUUAUGCGCAUAAGGGUCACUCUGAACAUUACUUUGGCUUUAGUCCGACGCCUACAGGUUAGACAGGAAUGUGAGGCAAGAUUUGGGCAAAUUUUAAAUUUGAAAGACUCCCGAACUUCUGUUUUCUGUGUGGGAACACAGGCGAUUAUGGAUGUUGAUGACGCGGCUUCAAAAAACUUGGAGGUGGCGGUGCUGACUGGACAGCACCGCCAGUAGCGGCAAAGGACGAGGACUCGAAGGCUGUUCCUUUAGCGGGGGCUGGUCAAACCGCUACUCCCUUGCCAGUGGCUGGUCAAACUGGAUUAUGUUAUUUUCCUGUUUUUUAUUCAGUUCAGUACAUUGCUUUGUUUUUUAUUUCCCCUUCUAGUAGCAGGUGCAACAUUGUUGCGUAUGGAGUCUACCACGUUGCGGGGUUAGCGAGAUGGUCUGCUUGUAUGCGCGAUUCCAGCUCAGAGUCUCACCCCAGUGUAGCCUUCGUUAUGGCAACUUUGUAUCUCGUGCUCAGUUCUAUUAAUGAUUAAGUUAUCUGUUUUCAAAAAAAGAUUUUUUAGUAAAAC